AUGCCUAUUGGAGAUGAUUCAUAUAAUGAGGGUGGUUCACUCUAUUAUUACUCAGACAUACCUCUGAAACGAGAGAUACUACAUGAGAAAUAUAGACAUUGGGCAAGACGAAUACUAUUCUAUUUAGCAUUAGGUUACUUCAUUACAGCCACUAUUAUGUUCCCAUUUUUAAUAACAAACUUAACAUUCUGGUUCUGGCUUAUACAUGUAUUAUGGUUCGAGUUGGACUUGACGACGAAUAAGAACAAUAUAUUCAUACAGUUGCUGCAUGCUGUCAGCUUUGUCGGAUCGUGGAUUGUGAUGGUGACAGCGACAAUCUUGUUGGUAAUACUCAACCCAGACUUUAUUGCGCAGCGCGCGCAUGAAGAGCAUCACUCUGUGGCCUUUGCAUGGCUGCUCAAUGUAUGGGUGCACUAUAUCCCGCCCAUCUUGCUCACACUGGACAUGUUUGUCUUUAAGGAGCACAUUCGAAAGAGACAUCAUAUAAUCUUGUCACGCGAGCAUAAUACCAACAGACGAAUGUGGGUGCAGGACGUGCUCAAGGUCGUCUGGGCCUACCUCGCACCAAUAGGCAUCGUUGGCAUAUGGUUGGGAGCAGGAUUCACCAUUCAAGUGGUCUACGGAGUCACCAACUUUAGUUACAACUACCUUGUGCCAAUCAUGGUUGGCACCGACAUCAUCUUUGCUACACUAUUCCUAUACCUAGUGCGUCGAAGGAAUGACAACUACAUCAAACUGUGA